AGUCCGGAGUAUUUGAUUUGAUAAAAUCUUGGCACAGUUGACACCAACAGGCCAAAACCGCCUAGUGAGGAAAAAGGGGAAAACGAAUAGGUGUCGUCUCGAACUGGAAGGAAGCUGAGAGACAUCAGAGACGGAAACCCACUCCGAGGAGGAGGAAUAGGUAAAGAGGGCUGUUGACUACAAUUAGAGGUAUUGUUGUUACAUACCUGAUUUAGAUGGAGCAGUCUCUGUCAUCUCUUGCAUUCAAGGGGUCUAUUGGUGAAGCAAUUACUGAAGCCAAACAGCAGAAGAAACUUUUUGUAGUUUACAUCUCAGGUGAUAACUCAGAAUCUAAUAAUUUGGAAACCUCUACAUGGUUGGACUCACAAGUGGCAGGGUCUUUAUCUAAGUAUUGCAUUUUGUUGCACAUUGUGGAAGGAAGUAGUGAUGCAAUAAAUUUCUCAGCAUUGUAUCCACAGAAAGCUGCCCCAUGUAUAACUGCUAUUGGAUACAAUGGCGUACAACUAUGGCAACAUGAGGGCUUUGUUGCUGCAGACGUUCUAGCAUCCAGCUUAGAAAAGGCAUGGCUAAGUCUUCAUAUUCAGGAGACACUGUUGACUGCUGCACUUGCCUCUAAGGCUGAAUCAUCUCCUGGAACUUUGAAUUCUGCCUCACCUGAGCAGGGCAGUUCAUCGAGGGAAAAUGUUCCACCACCACCUUCAUCAGAAAUAGAAGCAGAGGCGGUUGUGCCUGGACCAUCUAUGGACUCUCAGACCAAAGUGAAGGAAGCAGAGUCUCUUGAGGCUAGACCAUCUAUGGACUCUCAGACCCCUGUGAAGGACAUGAAUUCCAUUCCAGUUGACACAUUAUCUCCUAGUUUAGCUUCUACUGUUCAAUCUGGAAGUGGUGAAAGUAACAACUCUGCUGUCCCUGUGAUUGCAAAGGUGGAAAAAUCAUUUGAUGCGGCAGAAGGAACUGGCAAUUUUAAAGAUGGGCACCCUAUCUUAAUAGAGGGGUCGCAUUUAUCUGACCAACGCCCACCACCAAAUAAUGAAGUUUCCAAGGAUGGUGGCAGUAAAGCAACUGAAACUGAAGUGGAGAAAGUUAAUGUGUCAGAAUCUUCUUCCAGAACAUCAACAGAUGUUCAUUUAAACAUCAAACUGCCUGAUGGUUCCAGUUUACAGGUGAAGCUGUCAGUGAUGGACACUUUGAGAGCAGUCAAAGACCAUAUUGAUAGAAACCAAUCCAUCGGCUUUUCUUCUUAUGAUCUUGCAGUUCCUUAUCCACGCAAGGUCUUUACUGAUCAAGAUUUGGAUAAAACAUUAUCAGAGUUGAAUCUCUUCAAUCGACAAGCACUGAUUGUGGUUCUUCAUCACAAAGGAAGUUCUUCAUUGCGUGACCAGAAUAUUUUGGCCAACAAUACUAGUGCCACAAGUGGUAAUGCCGAAGGAUAUUUUUCUCUUGUUAGACGACUCGUCUCUUAUGUGAAUCCUUUUUCCUAUCUUGGUGGGGGUGCAAGCUCAUCAGAUGCUGUACAGGAUUCUCAAAGCGCCACAUUGCAAUAUGGUUCAAAUCCUUCACCCCGGAAUAAUGUUGCGGGAAAUGGUAGACCGUACAGUGUGAAUUCAUCCAACGGUAAUACGCCUGGUAGCAGUAGCAGCAAUGUUAAGAACAGAAAGCAGCCUUCAUCUCCCUUUGGGAGCGGGAGCAAUAUCCAUACGCUGAAACACGAUGACGAUAGUCAGUUUAGAGACGGGAAUGCAUUCUGGAAUGGAAAUUCUACACAGUUUGGUGGCGGUAACAAUGACAGUAAAUGAUGGUAUCCAUGCAUUUUCUCAUAUGUACAUGUGGGUUUGUAUUUGGCCCUCGAGUAUCUGCUAUACAGGCCCCCUCUUUGGUUCUUUUCUUCUAAUAAAGUAAUAAUUGUUAAAUAAAGAUGAUUUAUUUAUGUCGUCU